GAUAAGUACGAAACGCACAAUUUUUUUUAUCAUAAUCAACUAACAAAACAUUAAUCAUUUAUCAUAAUAACCAAACAAACAAAUACAAAAUUAUUCAUCAAUAUCAAAACUUUCAAGAGGUCUAGCCAACAACUCGUUAAUUUUCCUUUCAGCUUCUUCGUUGAUCGGAUCCAUAUACCCCGAACAUUCUUCUGCACGUUGAAGCAUCCGACACAAGUUGUUUGCUUUUGACUUGCCGAGUGAGUCGGAUUCCUCAUCUUUAUAGUCGCCAAAACUUUCAAGGGGUCUAGCCAUCAACUCCGUGAUUCUCUGGUAUGCUUCAACGGUUUUCGGCUCCAUAAGCUGUGUAAUUAGCUUGAGUCGUUUCAUAGCUCUGCACAUCGAAUCCCAGUCAAUUGGUUCUCGAUUAGCCAUUUUUUCACAAACAUUGGACCGGGCAUCAUCUAUUUAUACUCAAAAAUCGAAUAUAAUAAAGUGGAAUUUAUUCCACUGUCGUCUGAUGCCGGACUGGGCGAGGUGAACGGAUGGAAAGUAAUUAGUCACGAACGGGUCCGUGACUAGAUUCGUGAAUAAUUCAAAAAUCGGACAGGUCCGUGACUAAGGCGGUCAAAGGCGGCCCUGACACCUCGUCUGCCGCGCGUCUGACUUCGUUAUUUACGACGGCUAGUCACGGAUAAAUCUGUGACUACGUUCGUGACUACUCCUUCAUAUAAAAGCAACACUUAGCUGAUUUUUCAUUCCGCAUCCUCUCCAACCCAAAACCCUACCUCUUUCUCCCUAACUCUUCUACACUCCACCGAUCUCAACCUCCAACUCCGCCUUCAACCGUUCGCUGCCGCCAUUCGCAGCCGCCGUUCGCUGCCGCCGUUCGCUGCCGCCGUUCGCCGCCGCCGUUCGCGGCCACCGUCUUCUGCCACUGUCGGCCGCCUCCUUCCUUUUUCAUAAAGGUUAUGUAUUCUAAAUUUUAUUUACCUUUAAUUCUUAUUUUUAGUAUUUGAUUUUUAUUUUAAAAAUGCAUGUUACGAUAAGUGUGUUCCCAUUAUUCUUAAAUUGUUUAAUAUGAUUUAGUUAAUAUGCUCAAAUUGAUUUAUGUAUAUGUAAUUUGAUUUCAGUACAUGUUAUAAUUUGAUUUUAGUUAGUAUCUCAAAUUGAUGCAUGUGGAGUAAUCUGAUUUCGAAAUAUAAUUUCAUUUAGUUUAUAAUAUUGCUUUAAUUUUAGAAUUGAAAUAUAAUUUAGUUUUCGAAAUACUUGUUUUCUGUACAUGUUAUUAAAUUCAUUUUGUAUGCAUGUUAUUAAUUAAUAUUAUAAGCACACGUUUUUUCGAAAUACAUGUUAUAAGCACACGUUUUUUCGAAAUACAUGUUAAUAUGUUGAGUUUAUUACAUGUUCUAUAUGCUCAAUAUAACAUGAUUUAGUUUGUAUAUAUGUUUAAUUGGCAUGCCUAUAUUUGUUGUGUAUAAGUUUAAUUACAUGUUCUAUAUGCUCAAUAUAAUUGGCAUGAUUCAGUUUAUUACAUGUUCUAUAUGCUCAAUAUAACAUGAUUUAGUUUGUAUAUAUGUUUAAUUGGCAUGCCUAUAUUUGUUGUGUAUAAGUUUAAUUAAUAUGUAUGCCUAAAUAAGAUUUCAUUGUAGGUUAAACAUGCAUGAUUAAACAUUAUCUUUUUUAAUUUCGGACUUAUGAAUUAAAGAACUUGAGUUAGUUUAAUUAAUAUGUAUGCCUAAUUACAUUAUAUUCCCAAAUUAAUUAAAGAAAUACCCCCUCAUGUUAAACCUCCAAAAACGUUUAACAUGUUAAUUAUAAAAUAUUAAGUUAGACAUUAAAAAAUAGUUUUCUCAAAUUUAAUAUAAAAUAUACACUACGAAAAAACACUGUUUAAUAAAUAAACCGUUUUAAUUAAAAAGUUUUCCCGAAGUAAUUAAAAAAAAUACCCCCUCAUGUCAAACUUCCAAAAAAGUUUAACAUGUUAAUAAUUAUAAAAUAUUAAGUUAGACAUUAAAAAACAGUUUUCUCAAAUUUAAUAUAAAAUAUACACUAUGAAAAAGCACUGUUUAAUAAAUAAACCGUUUUAAUUAAAAAGUUUUCCCGAAGUAAUUAAAAAAAUACCCCCUCAUGUCAAACUUCCAAAAAAGUUUAACAUGUUAAUAAUUAUAAAAUAUUGAGGUAGACAUAAAAAACAGUUCUUAAAUUUAGUAUAAAAUGUAGACUAUAAAAAGAUAAUGUUUAAUAAAUAAACUUUUUUAAUUGUUUUAAUUUAAAAUUUUUAGUGAAUUAAUUAAAAAAAUACCCCUCAUGUCAAACUUCCAAAAAAGUUGGACAUGUUAAUUAUAACAUAUUGAGUUAGACAUUAAUAUAGAAUAUUCAUUAUACGAAAAAACUGUUUUUACACAAAACUGUUUUUAUGUUUUUUAUACAACUGUUUAUAAAAAACUGUUUAUAAAAAACUGUUUAUAAAAAACUGUUUAUAAAAAACUGUUUAUAAGAAACUGUUUAUAAGAAACUGUUUAUAAGAAACUGCUUUAUAAGAAACUGCUUUAUAAAAAACUGCUUUAUAAAAAACUGCUUUUUAAAAACUGCCUUUAUUUAAUUUCUUUUAUAUAAAUUUAAAUAUGAAAACCUAUUUAAGAUUUCAAUCAAAAUUUGAUCUUCUAUUAUAUUUACACUAUUAUUUGAAAAUGUAAAUUAAUACUCCUCAUUAAUCAAUUAUUUUAGAUGAGCAAUGAACAAUCCACAUCCCGUGCUCGCCCGAACUAUGCGCCCUUAACCCAAGCCGAGCGCAACAAUGAAGAUUCGGAAUGGGUGACACCUCACAUGGUUGCUAAGUAAGUAACUAUGAACUUUAUCUAAUGUCAAAUAAUUUUAUCUAAUGUCAAACAAUCUAACUAUAAAAAAAUAUUAAUUUUUUGAAGCGAUCAAGAUGUGCUCAACCAAAUCAAAAUCAUAAUUGGUGGACACUUUCUUGGCAACUGGGCUACGUACACGGAUGUUGACCCCAAGGUCCGUGAACUUUGGUGGAACUUGUUCAAGGUAAAAAAAUGAAUUUUUCAUUAUUGAUGUAACCUAAAAUUUGACAAAUGAUAAGUUAAUUUAUUUUUUUAAUAAAGGUCCGGUUUCGCUGGACUGAAGAACAAGGCCCAGCUAUUCUAAGGGCGUACAAUGCCAGAGUUUCAAACUGGUUUCGUCCCACUUUUAAGCGUGCCCGAGCCAGUGGGGUAAGGCCUCAAUGGUGUUCGGAUGAGGUAUGGGAAAACCUCGUCCGCCACUGGUCUUCGUAUCCGACUUUCUUGGCUAGAAGCGAAGCCGGGAAGAAAAAUCGGAUUUCCGAGAAGGCAUUGACGACACAAUGGCACGGAGGCCGCAAACCUCAGAGUAAACAUAAAGAAACUCUUGUAAGUCUUAUUCAAAUAAACCUACACCAUUUUAACCUUUUAUUUUUUUACAUUUAUUUAAACCUUUUUCGAACCUUGUAGGCGGGGCCUCAAAAGAAGAGGGUCUCUAUCCUCAAGGUAAUCAAACACUGUUGGACGAAGAACGGUGUUGAGUCGCAAGCCAAUCUACCACCCCGCCUUACUGAAAUCGAAGUAUGUAACAUCAAUGUUAUUAUUUCAAAUUGAAGUAAAUAUCAUUUGAAUAAUUUUUUUAAAUGUUUGUAGACAAAGUAUAACGCAAAUGUUGAAAAGAAGCGGGCGGAACUAGGCUUGACUCAAGAAGAUGACAUCGAUUCUGAUGUGGAAGAUGAUGCCAUCCUUGAGGCAGCAGGGGUGUACAAGGGUCGGCUUCCGUGCCUCGGGGCUGAGGGGGAACGUAUUUUGUACGAUCGCAGCGGCAGCAGAGCUUCAUCAUCUUCUCGAUCUAGGCGAGGAGAGGAUCCACGCAUUGCCCAAUUGCAGCGAGAAUUGGAGGAGCAACAACGGGCAUUUGAACAGCAACGGAAGAAUGAUGAAGAAACGAGGGCCCGGCUGGAAGCAAUGGAACAGAUCCUUGCUGGAUAUCAGCCUCCGCCUCAGCCUCUUCCUCGGCCGUACAUGAUGCACGUUGAGCAGACUCCUCAGGUUCCGCACAUGGGUAGUAUGGGUCACCACUCUAACUCCGGUUAUGGUGCCAUGCCUGCAAUAGGGUCGACAUUCGGAUCUCUGUCGUCUGAUAUGCUCAAUCAGUUUCAGUCAUCCGGUGGAGGCAACCGAGGAGGCAGCCGAGGAAGCAACCGAGGAAGCAACCGAGGAAGCAACCGAGGAGGCAAUCGAGGAGGCAACCGAGGCAGCCGAGGAAGUUCCCGACCCUUGGACACCGUGAAUGCAGAAGAGGAUCAUCAUCGUGACUAUGAUGAUAAUGAUGAUGCAUAUGAUUAUGAUGAUUCUAAUUUUUAUCAUAAUGGAGUCCGACGUACGGGCAUGUAAUUACAUAAUAUUGUUUGACAUUGUAUGGAUUUUGUUUUUAUAAUUCUGUUGUAAUAACAUUUUUUAUGUUUAAGAUUGUAUGGAAUUUAUUUUUAUUCUAAUUGCUUUAAAGUAAAAUUAAAAUAAUUUUUUAUUUUUUUAUUUAAAAUCGAUUUUUUUUAAAAUCAAAAACAUUAGUCACAGACUAAAUCCGUGACUACGUUUUAAUCCGGAAUAAAUUCAAUUUUCAUUUUUUUUAUUUUUUAUUUAAAAUCAAUUUUUUAAAACAAAAAACAGUAGUCACGGACCAGAUCCGUG